AUUAUCAGCCACUCGAAGUAUUAGCCAAUUUGAAAACUUUGACUCUUUAUCCACCGGCCUUGGGCUUGCCGGGACCAGGCAAGCCUUUAAGCCAAAUUUUAGCCACAAAAAAAAUAACCACUGGUUUAAUCAUUGGCAAAACUAAUUUUCAGGAAAGAGAAGAAAACAUUAACAAAUUUCAAAAUGGCACGCUCGAUAUUUUGCUCUGUAAUAUCCAGAGCGCGGGCAUGGGACUGAAUCUGAGCCGAGCCGAAACCAUUAUUUUUGCCGACCGCAGUUAUUCUCCGGCUGAUAACGAACAAGCCGAAGCCCGUUUUUUGCCUACCACUAAUUCUGAACCUGGUCGG